GGCGGCUCCCGACAGAGAAGGCCGGAAAUUGCCCUGUCGGGAGCUCAAGCGCGUGGUACCCGUUGCUUUUGACCACGGCUUGCUGGCUUGCUUGCUUGCUUAAGAUCGUGUUUCACUUUCGGGCAAUAUAUACCAGUGAUGGUUGACCUUUUUGGCACCAAGUGACGAAACUGGAGUGCAUGCAAGCUGGAACCCGGAAGAGAACAGCUGGCAGAAGCCUAGUCAAAAUGCAAAGUGAGAACCCGGGACCAGUAAAUUACUAUGUUGGAAUUGAUGUUGGCACAUCAAGUGUCCGUGCGGCUUUGGUGGACCAGUUUGGCACAGUAGUGGCUUAUGCAGACCAUCCAAUUCAAAUUUGGGCACCACAACCUGACUAUUAUGAACAAUCCUCUGAUGACAUCUGGGCAGCUUGUUGUAUCGUCACAAAGAAAAUUACGCAAGGAAUAAAUAUUUCCCAGAUUCGAGGGCUUGGCUUUGAUGCUACCUGCUCCCUUGUUGUUUUGGAUAGCCAUUUUCAUCCUUUGGCAGUCAACUCUGAAGGAGAACACAAAAGAAACAUCAUCAUGUGGAUGGACCAUCGUGCAGCUAAUCAAGUAAAACGCAUCAAUGAGACACAGCAUAAUUUGCUGUCCUUUGUUGGUGGAGUGAUGUCAGUUGAAAUGCAGCCACCUAAAUUGCUAUGGAUGAAAGAAAAUUUGCGAGAGUCUUGCUGGGAAAAAGCAGGGCACUUCUUUGAUCUUCCGGAUUUCUUAUCAUGGAAAGCAACAGGUGCCACAGCAAGAUCUUUGUGUACACUUGUAUGUAAAUGGACAUUCUCCUCAGAAACUGGCUGGGAUGAUAGUUUUUGGAAAUCAAUUGGAUUAGAAGAUCUUAUGGCAAAUAAAUAUUCAAAAAUAGGAAAUGAAGUUCUCCCUCCAGGAACUCCAGUUGGAAAUGGAUUAACAGCAGAAGCUGCAGAAGAUCUUGGUCUGUCUAAGGGGAUUGCUGUAGCUGCCUCUCUUAUUGAUGCACACGCUGGAGGAUUAGGUAUGAUUGGAGCCAACGUGAAAGGACAUAACUUGCCCUGUGAAAAUCAGCCAAUUACUUCCCGGCUGGCUGUAAUAUGUGGGACAUCAUCAUGCCACAUGGCAGUAAGUUCAUGUCCCCUAUAUUGUCCCUGGUGUUGGGGACCCUACUGUUCAGCAAUGGUGCCAGGACUGUGGCUAAAUGAAGGAGGCCAAAGUGUAACAGGGAAACUGAUAGAGCAUAUUGGCCAAGGACAUGCUGCUUUCCCAGAACUACAAACAAAAUCUGAAGCCAGAGCUCAAAGUGUAUAUACAUACUUGAAUGGUCACCUGGAUCUGAUUAAGAAAUCUUUGCCUGUGGGUUUGCUCACUGUUGAUUUACAUGUUUGGCCAGAUUUCCAUGACCGAUCUCCCCUUGCAGAUUUGACUCUAAAGGGCAUGGUAGUGGGACUGACACUGUCUCAAAGUAUUGAUGAUCUUGCUCUUAUUUAUCUAGCUACAGUUCAAGCCAUUGCGUUGGGAACCAGACAUAUUGUAGAAACAAUGCAAGUCGCAGGGCAUCAUAUCAACACUCUCUUUAUGUGUGGUGGUCUGAGCAAGAACCCUCUCUUUGUCCAAAUGCAUGCCGACAUCGUUGGCAUGCCUGUUGUUCUAGCCCAAGAAGUGGAGUCUGUGCUAAUGGGUGCUGCUAUUCUUGGAGUCUGUGCUUCUAAAGACUUUGCUUCCCUACAGGAUGCUAUGGAGAAAAUGGAGAAAAUUGGCCGGAUUGUGCUGCCAAACCACAAGGAUAAAAGGUUUUAUGACAAGAAAUACCAAGUGUUUCUAAAACUUGCAGAAGAUCAAAGAAAAUAUAAAUCCAUCAUGCAGAAUGCAUAGACAGCAUAAAGAAGAAUCAUCUUUCAUAUUAGAGAUCUGACUGAUUUCUUUGACUUUUUUGAUUAGCUAUUUACAUUAAUGAGAAACAUUGUAGUAAAAAUUUAAAAUACUUUAUAGUCUAUUGAAUAUGAACAGAGAUGUAUUUUAUUAAGAUGAUAUCAUGAAACAAACUUGUCAAAUCUACAUUUCUUGAAUCAGUGUCUUAACCAGAAUUGCAGCUAUCAUUCAGCCUUCACACUUUUCAGAAUUGCAUAAUCUGUUAAAAAGCUUGCAAAAAUAUGUAUUAGGCAAAAAUGUGUAAAAGGGAAUAUAUAGAUGAAAUAUGCAAAAUGCAUACUUUUUAAAAUUUGUAAAUUUAUGUGAAAAUAAACUGAAGCUUGGGAAAGAGAAUAUCAAAUUUAUACAGUAAAUGUACCUUCAUUUGUCAGGCUUUCUAUUUAAUAUCAAAAACUAAAUUGGAGAAAGAUUUCAUUCUUGUUGCUUCUUGUUGUUUUUGGUAAUAAAAUAAUGUGACAUUAUGAGAAUCAAGAGUUAAGUAAGAAGAAAUACCUCUUAAUGAACUUUGUAGAAUAAAUUGCUGCAAAGAAGAAUUGCUAGGUAAAAUUUUACACCAUAUUUUUUUCAAUUCAUUAUCAGUGUAAUUUUAAAUGUCUUAAAACUCAUUUGUCAGUCCUUCAAUGUAGACUAAGUCAGGAAACAGAAUGUUGGAGAAUCUUGAUUUUUGUUAAAAAUCUGGUUGUGUUUUCCUAUCCAUCUUUUUUGUAUCCAUGGAGUUAAGGCAGAAUUCGUUUAAGUUUCUUUCUAAUGUCCUUGAUUUCUGGGUUUAAUAAAUGCAUUGUUUGUUCAAGGUU